UCUUCAUGGUUUAAUUUCCUCGUAUAUGUACAACCGAGAAUUACGACAUUUUCACCUACAGGAAUGAUGAUUAUGAUUGUUAUUGUUGUUACAACAACAAUAACAACUACUACUCCUACUACUUCAAAGCCCCUCCCAAGAGGAGGACAGCGGACGCCAGCCUUUUUGCAUCCACAAGAUCACUAACUAUAUGAUCCUCCUGUGUGAAAUUGAGCUGAAUUAGGGGCCCUUCACUUUAUGGGCACUUAAGGCUGAAUGCAGUGACCAGUGGUUUGUAUUAUGUGUGAGCGUUCACGGCUGGACUCACGGGUGAAAUGAUGUGGAGAUACACGAAUUUGUUAACGUUUCUGCUGGUCCUGUUUAAAGAUGCAGCUUCACAAAGCAAGAUAUUUGGCGAGACGGAGCCUGUUCGUAUGGUAUCAGAGGGCUCUGACUGCCGCUGUAAGUGCAUCAUGCGACCCCUGAGCAGGGAUGCCUGUAUGCGGCUGCGGAGUGGCAGUGUACGCGUGGAGGAUUUCUAUACAGUGGAAACAGUCAGUUCGGGGUCUGACUGCAAGUGUUCCUGCACUGCGCCACCAUCUUCCCUGAACCCCUGUGAGAAUGAGUGGAAGAUGGAAAAACUAAAGAAACAGGCACCUGAGUUAUUAAAGCUCCAAUCGAUGGUGGACCUCCUCGAGGGAACCCUUUACAGCAUGGAUCUGAUGAAAGUCCACUCAUACAUUAACAAGGUGGUGUCUCAGAUGAACACCCUUGAAGAGACAAUCAAGACAAACCUAACGCGAGAGAAUGAAUUUGUCCGGGACAGCAUGACGAGCCUUACCAACCAGUUCAAGCGAUAUGAGAACUACUCCAACAUUAUGAUGAGCAUCAAGAAAGAGAUCUCUGGUCUCAGUCUCCAGCUGCUUCAGAAAGACUCUUCUGAGAGCAAAGUGCAGCAUAAUAAUGAUGAAAAGACCAAGAGCGCUAUAAAGCCACUCAACAAAAAGCCCCCUGCAUCCAAGCUCCCUUCCAAACCCAAAGAAAAAGUCAUCAAGCCCAAGAAGGAGGUCACUAAAUCUGUGAAACCACUGAAGCCUGAUCCUACAGCCAAAACCAAGGUGGUUGGCCACCAGCCAGGUGUGGUCAGGGGCAUUACUUACUACAAGGCUGCUAAGACUGAGGAGGAUGAGGUCAGAGGAGACAACCCAGCCAAAACAUACCCACGUCAUCAUGUCACGGAAACCCAGUCUGAGGAUGGCGGAGCUGAAAUGGUGCUUGAAACCAUGGAGGCUACAGUUGCACAGUCUACCGCACCCACUUCAUUUCCGACUAGUAUUACGCCUCCCACCACUAGGACUGCUGCACCAACCACUACCAUUGCACCAACCACUACGAUUGUCACCAGCCAAAGUACAGCAGCUGCAGAGAGGCCGGCUCCCACUAUUGUGCUACUGCUUGACAACAGCAACAACAACAGUCGACCCACUCUCCACAGAGCAGGGAAAAUCCUUCACUGCGAAGGGACUCUCGCAUCAAUCGAGCAGCCAGAGAAGCAACACAGUUAUGGCCGCAAUGAAGGAGCCUGGAUGAAGGAUCCACUGGCCAAAGACUCGAAGAUCUAUGUCACAAACUAUUACUAUGGCAACAAUCUGGUGGAGUUCCGCAACCUGGAGAACUUCAUACAAGGCCGCUGGAGCAACCUUUUCAAACUUCCUUACAAUUGGAUUGGCACAGGUCACGUGGUUUAUAAUGGAGCCUUUUACUACAAUAGAGCCUUCACAAAGAACAUUAUAAAGUAUGACCUGAAGAUGCGAUACGUGGCUGCCUGGACACUCUUGCACGAUGUAGUUUACGAGGACACCACCCCAUGGAAAUGGAGAGGUCACUCUGAUAUUGACUUUGCAGUGGAUGAAAGUGGAUUGUGGGUGAUCUAUCCUUCCAUGGACUAUGACUACAAUCAACAGGAAGUCAUCGUCAUUAGUAAACUUGAUCCUGCGGACCUGUCCUUGAAAAAGGAAACCACGUGGCGAACAGGUCUCAAGAGGAACUCUUAUGGCAAUUGUUUCAUCAUCUGUGGUGUCUUGUAUGCUGUCAAUGUGUACAACCAGAAGGAAGGGGAGGUGCGCUAUGCUUAUGACACCCACACCAACACAGAGGCCAUCCCACGUCUGAUCUUUACCAAUGAGUACUCAUUCACCACGCAAAUUGAUUAUAACCCCAAGGAGAAGGUUUUGUAUGCCUGGGACAAUGGCCAUCAGGUCACAUAUCAGCUCAACUUUGUUGACCAGUGAGAGCAGACACAAAUACAGUAAACUCACAGCAUGCCUGCUGUUAUAGACCAGACGUUUCUUUGUCCUAAGAAGACCACGGAUGUACCAUUUACCUCCAAUAUCAAUGCAUGUUAUUCAAACAGCUGACCUCACUGUGGACUGGACAGAAACUAUGUACAUAAUCUUACAGGUUGAGUUGAAGGUCAACAGGUAGAGCUGAUGUAGAUAUAUUAUAUGUUCAUUCAAGAAAUGUCAGCAGGCUGGCUAACUAUUUGUGCAGCUAAAGGACAGGUAGUGUAAAAAAACAAAUACACACAUUGGCAACAUUUUUGGGACCCUUCCGUGAAAGAAAGAAAAACCUAUAAUGGUCACUGACAUAACUUGAAAUUGACAAAAUUAGUUAACUAGUGCAAAUUAGCCAUUGCUAUUGAACAGUCAACCAUCAUGGCUUUUCAGGCAAUCAAGGCAAUCAAUCAAUUUCCAAAAUUCUCAAUGAGAUGUUUGAGGUUGAAAGGGUGCCUUCUCCAUUUUUGAGUGUUUUCACCUCUAUGUUUUGGGUGUUUAUCCUGUUUGAGGAUCCAUGGCCUGUGCCUAAGACCAAGUUUCCCGACACUGGGGGGAUCAUUUCGCUCCAGAUUGCUUUGAUAGUUUUGAUUCAUUGUAGCCCACGCCGAUACAAGACUGGAGGCGGGAUUCAACAGUCUCAUCCAUGUUUCACAGUUGGUAUAAUUUUUUGUGCAUGUAAAAAUAGACAAUGUGACUGGCCAAAAAGCUCCAGUUUUGUUUAAUCUUUCUGAAAGACAUUUUAGAAACCUUGUGGCUUGUCUACAUGCAGUUUGGCAAGUUCCAGUCCCAUCAGUUUCAGAUGAAUUAAAUAACAAUUGUAGGUGUUUGUUUCUUUAUUAGAAGGGUGUCAACACAUUUGCCUCGGUCUCUAUUGAAUUUGUGACAUGAGCCACUUAAAGGGAAUUCCAGACUUGCAUUUUAUAGCAUAAAUAUAAUUUUCAUAGUUUCAACUCCCUCUAAACCUCUACAGCGCAGGGUGGAGAGUGAGAAGUGAAGAUGCAGAACUAACCACAGCUAAAAUAAUUAACUCAAAGCUUUCAUUUACAGUUUUAGCUCUAUAAAAACAGCUGUGCUUCAUGUAUAUUUUGCCAAAAUACUUACCAGAUGCUAAGCAUGCACUGAGAAAACAAACAUGAAAUUUUUACAUGAAUUAGAGCCAAAUAAAUUUUAAGAUGUACAAUGCCAGUCUAAUCAUAUGGUUGGUUACAUACCAAAAAAAUUUAAAUAUACAUUUGCUUUUCAUGUAGAGAUAAGAAUGUUCUCAAAAUAAUCAAAACAGACCUGCAAAAACACCUGAAACCCUUGUAAUAUGCAUGCCAGUGCAAAAUUUGAUGCUGUCAUUUGUUACAGAAACCUGCAUGUGCACCAAGGUAUUGUUCUUUGUUUCCUUCUUACACUUAGCAUAUGUAUCGGUGUAAAAUCUGACAUGUAAUGUCUUGACAUGCAUGCGUUAUUAUAUAAAACAGAAAAGAUGUCUUAAAUGUUCAAAUUUUAGACACAUUCAGAUUUGGAAUGUUUUCAGACUCCAUGAUACUGUAUAGUCUUAGUUUUUGGUAGUAGUCAGUUAAAAACCAUUUUCAAUCAGAGAUUUGUUAUUAAACAGUACCAAUCAAAAAGUGAAAGUCAACAGCUGGGUCAGCAUAAUACUGUAAGGUCCAUUCAGGUCAAUUUAGAGAUAAGGUGUAGCCAGAAUCUAUUUAGAGGAAUUCAAUUUCUGUCUGCUGUUUGUCUGGCCAACUAGCCGCUCGAGUAUGUAGCAAUGUUCUGAAGUUGCAGCUGUGUUUCUAAGCUUCCUUUGAAUGGACCGCCAACAUUUCACAAAGCCAAAACUGCUUGUUUCGAUCCCUGCCAUUUAACUCAAUCAAUAAGAUUAUUUUUGCUUUCAUAUUACUUCUACAGCUGAGAAAUGCUUGCAAAACGUAACAAUUGACUUUUAUCUUUAAGUCCAUCCGAUUACCAUUACUUUGUUCAUAAUUCUGUUGCAUUUAUUAUACAGUAAUUCCGCUCCACGAUGCUUUCUGUGUUUUAACAUUUGAUGUGUUUAGAGGCAUGUGUUGGAUAUAAAAUUAACAAAAACAAAAAUUACCAUGUACACAUUUCUAAGAGUAGGGAUUUGUUAUUGUGGUUUUCUAGUAUCUGAUUUCAUAUGAUUAUUACUAUCAACUGUUUUUCUCAUUUCUGUGGAACAUUUAGUAUACUGUAGAAGUUUUUCCAGCUUUGCUGAUAGCUUUAUAUCAUUGCAUUAUACAGACAUAAGUUGUCUUGUCUUGUCUUAUAAAGCACCAAUAACCUUCAAGUAACCAUUGAGCAUGAUGGACAGUACUGCUAUCUAACAAGUUACUAAGUGCCCUUCUCCACAUUCUACUGGCUUGUACCAUGUAACAUGGCCUGCAGGAUCAGGAAAAAAAAGAAGCUUUCUGAGUUUUUUUCAAUGUCCCCUUUUGUCUUCAUCUGCUGUAUAGAUUUACAUAUUGACUGAACAUCGAGCAGCUUUAUUAUACAAGUACUUUGUUCCCGUUCUGUUUCACUUGUUGCUUCUUCAGAGUUCAAAUUACUUUUAGAUGUAAUCUGAAAAGCAAUAGAUGACGAGUUGUGUAUAUGAAGCACAUCAUAUUCCAGUAGGAUAGAUCCUGAAUUAUACACAUUGGACCUUUAAGGCUAUCAGACUAAUUCUAACAGCAUUAUAUGGUGUUAUUUCAGUAAUAUUUCAUUAUGUUGAUACAGGUUUACUCAUGACUAAUUACAGUAAAAGUUUGCAACAUGAUGCCUUCAUUAAUAGAUGUCAUGAACCUGUUUCCAUGAAUAAAAAUUC